AGUACCUGGCUGUUGCAAGUUAGUAAUGUGGACUGAGUUUAAGAUGUCUUCUGAGAAUAGAAACAGCGAGCCAUGUACAAAAGCAAAAUCCACAGGGUUGGCAGUAAGUGCAUCUAGUUUUUCUACCUGCACGGCGCAGCAAAUGGGAAUCGUUAAUUAGGCUCUACCGUGAAAGUAAGGACGAAUAGGAGGCACUUCCUCCAAGAACUCAUUCACCUUUUCAAGUCCGACCCUCUCUCAAGUUUCAUUUUGGAGUUGUUAGCCACCUUUCAGGUCGUCAUCAGCAUCUCACCUGUACUGCUGGACCAUGGAUUUCACACGGUCGAAGAUUUCAAAGGCGCUACAGCUUCACGUCGCGGAAAAUAGGCGGUAUACGUGCAUCUGGAAGGGUUAGGAAACCUGCCAAUGUGAACGGAAAAGCGUGACCACUUGAUGUUACAGUGCAUGGCCUCUGGACAAAGUGGCAACGAUCAUGCACAAACCCCUCCGAAAGCGGAGUCUCUACGUGUUCCUGUGUUUUGGCAUCAUAUACCUCAGGCUUGGGGCCCUGUCCUCGGUGGUGGCUCUGGGUGCCAACAUCAUCUGCAACAAGAUUCCCGGGCUGGCACCUCGCCAGCGGGCCAUCUGCCAGAGCCGCCCAGACGCCAUCAUUGUUGUGGGCGAAGGCGCCCAGAUGGGCAUCAAUGAGUGUCAGUACCAGUUCCGAUAUGGACGCUGGAACUGUUCGGCGCUGGGAGAAAGGACAGUCUUCGGUCAGGAGCUGCGAGUAGGCAGCCGGGAAGCAGCGUUCACCUACGCCAUCACAGCGGCAGGGGUGGCCCACGCCAUCACAGCAGCGUGCAGCCAGGGCAACCUGAGCCAGUGUGGCUGUGACCGGGAGAAGCAGGGGUAUUACAAUCAGGAGGAGGGCUGGAAGUGGGGAGGUUGCUCGGCUGACAUCAAGUACGGAAUCGAGUUUUCUCGCCGCUUCGUGGAUGCCCGCGAGAUUAAAAAGACCCCGCGCCGCCUGAUGAACUUGCAUAACAAUGAGGCAGGGAGAAAGGUACUAGAAGAAAGAAUGAAGCUCGAGUGCAAGUGCCAUGGCGUCUCGGGGUCCUGCACCACCAAGACCUGUUGGACUACACUUCCCAAGUUCCGAGAAAUUGGCUACGUACUCAAGGACAAGUACAACGAAGCCGUUCAUGUGGAGGUAGUCCGGGCUAGCCGACUGCGCCAGCCCACCCACCUCAAGCUGAAGCAGACUCAGGGCUAUCGUAAGCCAAUGGAGACAGACCUCGUCUACAUCGAGAGGUCGCCCAACUACUGCGAGGAGGACGCAGCCACAGGGAGUGUGGGCACCCAGGGACGCCUGUGCAACCGCACCUCGCCACAUACAGACGGCUGCGACCUUAUGUGCUGCGGGCGGGGCUACAAUACACACCAGUACACCAAAGUGUGGCAGUGCAAUUGUAAGUUCCAAUGGUGCUGCUUCGUCAAGUGCAACACGUGCAGUGAGAGGACGGAGGUGUUUACCUGCAAAUAAGGACACGAGAAACUCAGUGCCAGAAAGUGAGGCACCAAGGACUAACUGAAUGAGGAAGACUCGAGGGAGCGAGAUAAAAGCGUGACGUGGACCAGUGAGAGAUUUUGAAAUAAAGGAAUGGAAUUUACACUAUUAGCUCUUCAUGGCAUCGUUUUGCACAGCAGAAUCUAUCUAAUUUCUUUUCAGAAAGUAAAUGCUAAAUAUCAGUAGGUAAUACCCCAGAACUUUACUGUCACAUAGAGAUCGUGCUCAUGUACUGAUAUAUCCGCAGUGAAGUUGGGACUACAGUUAAUGAAUGAGGCCCUGGAUGGGAACUGUGCUUUGCACUCUGGGAUUUGUAAUUGGUAAAUUCACAAGAGACCCGUGCAUGGAGAGGACGCACAGUAACCUGGGAGUUCAUCAAAAUGACAGAGGCUGAUGAGGGGUGACUGGGACAGAUUUGUCAAGUCUUUGAUUGAAAACCUUUAAGGGUUUUGUUGUAUUUUUCACUAAAGGGGAGCAUAAGUGAAUCUUGACAUGAAUGACCCCCCAAUUUGGCUGGGGCGUAUUUUGGAGGUUUGUAGAAAUGAAGAACAUUUUGUAAGUACGGUGCGUUGGGGUGCGCCAAAAUCUGAGUGGAGAACUCUGUUAAACCCUCUGCUGCCAACUGGAAUAUGGUGGAGUAUGUUAGUUUUCCAGUCACACUGGAACUGUCUGUUCUGAACACUGAAAAUAAAUUGUUUAUUUAUGUUAUAGUAUCUUAAAACGAAGCACUAACGGGUAGAGAUGUCUUUUUUGUACUAAGUGUAAAGAAAAAUACUUUUUAGAAACUCUGACUGAAAAUGUGUGUCUAUUAGAAAAUGACCCUCCCAAGCCUCAUCUUUUCUUAAAAAAAAAGGAAGAAAAGAAAAAAAAAAGAUUUCAUUGCUACUGGUGUGUUGACAACAAAAACAACAUUACAGUGUGUUUCACAUUCAAACACCUUGGUUCUAUUUUACUGUAGCAUAGUUUGUUUGCAGUCCCUUUACCCUGAGCAGUAACAUCUAUUUUCAGUUAAUAGACAGUAGCAAGAAAACUAAUUUAACUGCAGAGAUCCUUCCUCAGUUCAUUAAACAUGAAGCUGAUAUGUUGCUGGAUGUGUUGUCGAGUGCUGCACUGAUAUUUUCUAUUCAGAUACGACUCAUGAGAACUAAAUAAACUCCCAUUUGACUCAG